UACAGUCAAGAUAUCUCAACCCGAAUUUAUGUUAAAAUGGCUUGCCAUACCCCGCAUCCCUCAGCGCGCGGACGACGCUCCCAGACGAACGCGAUCAUUUUUUAACCUCUCCUGUUGUAUUUAUUCACGGUCCAGUUCUCACUUCUCAAAAAAGGAAAAACCACCUCAUAGAGAAAGGGCUAUUGGUGUGUCAGGGAUGGGAUCCUACAGGCUUGACUAAUGUGUGAUAUUUUCUAAAACCUCCAUGGAGCUCAUCCAGGCCACCCAGGUUUCGUUAGUGCCACAGGACAAAACCACAACUGCCUGGAACAACAGUUCACUCCUAAUAUAUUACCAUCCUUUGCUUUCUACUGUUUCCUAUGAGUCGAUUCCCAGCAUCAGCCAAGCUGAAGAUUCCUUCCUCUUUAACAGCAGCUGCUUUAACACUACUAAAGAUAUACCAACGUCCCUUCCAGGGUUGGCAGGAGUUUUCAUCCCUCUUAUAUAUGGGAUAGUUUGCAUCGUUGGGUUAGUGGGAAACACUCUGGUCAUUCAUGUGAUUGUAAACUACACAAAGAAUGAGUCAGUCACGAACAUCUACAUCCUCAACCUUGCCAUCGCAGAUGAACUUUUUAUGCUAGGUUUACCCUUUCUGGCGGUGCAAAAUGCCCUCCUCUCUUGGCCCUUUGGGUCACUGAUGUGCCGUGUUGUAAUGACAGUAGAUGCCUUCAACCAGUUCACCAGCAUAUUCUGUCUCACUGUGAUGUCAGUUGAUCGGUACCUGGCAGUUGUUCAUCCCAUUCGGGCCUCCUGGUGGCGACGCCCCCACGUGGCAAAGGCUAUUAGUGCCACAGUAUGGCUGGUGUCCUUUGUGGUGGUGUUGCCAGUGGUGGUCUUUGCAGAUGUGCUGAAGGACGAUGGAAACUGCAGCAUCGUGUGGCCUGAACCAGCAGAAGUGUGGAAGACAUCUUUUAUUGUGUACACAUGCACUGUUGGCUUCUUCUGCCCGCUGCUUGUCAUCUCUUUAUGCUACCUACUGAUCAUCAUCAAGGUAUUACUUUGUAUUGAGUGUUAUUAAACAUUUAGAAAUGCA